AUGUCUAUGAAAGCUGGCGAAGUUGUCCGCGUAUCCAAGAACGGAAAAUGCACGCUUGAAUUCCAACAUAUUUACGGCGAAUGCCGCAUUGUCGAUGUCUGUGAGGAGAUCGAAGGUUUCAAAAAGUUGAAGACUUUCUCCACUGAGCCGAGUGAUCGGAUGCAGGGCAAUCAAGGCAUUGGUGAAUAUAUUAUAGCCUUCACAAGUGAAAAGAAAGAGAAGAUAAAUCCUCUCCGGAGCUUUGUGAAUGGUUUACUCAACUUGCCUGGGUCUAACAAGGUGCUUGUCAAGGAGUUUCGGAUAAAGGUUCCUAACACCGGCGUUGGUGAGCAGCCAUACUCGCCUUAUGGACUCCUCGGAGCCCGUAAUAGAAUCGAGUAUGUGAUCGGCGAGCUCGACAAAAAACACCAAAAUAAAGAGAUUGACCUUAAGCACUACAAAGGUGUUCUCAUUGUCUCUUUGGAAAGCGACAUAUGCGAAGAUUGCCAGAAAGGUUCCGAAAAGGUCCCAUAUGACCAGCCAAAUCUAAUUCUCUAUGAUUAUCUCUCUGGGAGAAUGAUUGCUGCCACUGGCAAAGGACCUGGAGUUCAAAAGGACAUAUUGGACAAUGCGAAGCGUUUUGGCUUCGAAGAUGGAAAGGGCCUUGCUGGAAUCAUGACCUACGGCAAUACGGUAGCGAAAUUGUUCUCUACUGAUAACGAAGAGAUUGAGCCUUCCGACUGGCAUUCAGUCGUUUGUUCCUUCAACCGUGAAGACUUCAUCGCAGAGUUAUGUCUGUUUGUGAUGCCGGAUGCUCAAGCCACUAUUAUUAGACAAUAAUUCCGAUUGUAAGUCUGAUUCCGAAUUUCCUGUCAAUCAUAGUUAAUAUCAAUUACAGGACUAUGGUUAGUCCUGACGGACACUUAUGCCAUUUGGAGUUAAGUAGUUAAUGUGAUACCCAUCUGAUAGAUAUACCAAUCUCAAACAUUCUACAGAAUUUUCAUCUCAUUAUUGACUCUGUAGCUCAGUUAUUGGGGAAUGUCAAAUCGCUUUUUAAAUGAAGAGUCUAUGAAAAUUAGGCGAG